AUUUGUGAUACUAUUCGGCUAAUGUGCUAAAAUGUGCUUACCGUUCGUCGACUCGUUUUUAUUUUUGUAAAUUUGUUUUAAUCGAUUAAAUCCUUUUAAAUUCCUAAUAUGACAGAUGUCUGUGCAUAAGUGUUUGCCGUACGUAUAGACUGUGUUUAUGAUUUAGCUUCACUUUUUCUUAGUGAUUGAGCGUCUACGAUUUAUUUUUUUCAUGUCUACUGAGGUAUGUUUUCGAAGUAUAAAAUUUCAAAUGUUUUAUCCAUUAAUAAUCUUUUCUUAUGGUUUUUUUAGAAAGAGAAAAUUGAUAGUAGAGCGGUUUCAAGCACCACCACAACCUCUGUUAUGGACGAUAAAAGUGGAACACCAAACAUCAGUAAACCGGCUGUAGACAUUCCAGGUGGGUUUCUAGACACUAAUUUUUAAAACACAGACAUGUUUCCACAUGAAUUUAUAAUUUCUUUUUUAUUAUUAACCACCAAAAGUAGAUGCUUUUAUAAUGAGUAAUUUAAAGUUAUGCGAAACUUUAAUUUUAAAAAUGAUUAGAUUUUAAUGUUUUUCUUUUGUGUUAACAACUUUUCUAUAAAAAUAUUUUCUCCAAUUGAAAAAUCGUUUUCUAAAUAUGGUAAAAUUUUCAAAACAUUUUGGGGAUUUUUAUACUACUUAUAUGGGUAUAAUUGUUUAACCAAACAGAAAUGCUUGAAAAUUUAAUAAUUGUACUUGGUGGUAAAAAAAAGAAGAAGUGUAAUAUAGUAAAUUGUUUUUCUAUAGUGUUUUUAAGAUCAAAUUUUUUAUGAAAAUCGUAAAUAUUAUCACCUUUUAAAUCAUGAAUGAUUUAUUGUUAUUUACAGAUAUAAAUUCAAUAACUUAAUGCAUUAUACCCUUUUAACUUCCCACCGGGACGGGGCGGAUCAUGGAGUUUUAACCCUCCCCAUUGGCGUGUUUUUUUUUUUUUGCAAUCAAUGCAUUUUAAAUUUGUAAGGAUGUGAAAAUUCAUCCUUACUUAGCUACCUAACCUUACAGCUCUUUUGUCUUUCUUUUGUUUGGUAUAUAAUCAUUAGAAUCAGCACUUCCUAAUUUUUCAAUUCUAUCUAUAAUAAUAUGUAGUUAUCCAAUGGUUUAUUGAAAAUAGACCACUUGCCUACUAAUUAAAUAGGUAUUUACCCACAUUCUAAAUAAUAUCAAUUUAUGAAAGUUGAAAGUACAGUUAAAUCCGUUUAUUACAAUGCUGUAUACCCGUAUUCUAGGUAAAACAAUUCCUUGUAAUAUAAUAUAUAUAUAUGGUUAUUUUUAUAUCUUAUGUGCAGUCAAUUUAGUCGUUUAUAACAAUGUUGUGUACAGCGUUAUUGUGUGCAUUGUUGUGUACAUGUUAUUUUGAAAUGAAAAUUGGUUUUUACAUUCGCCUAUUACAACAUUAUUAUACAUAAAUAAUAUGUAUUUAUAAACAACAAAUUGGAUUUUAUUUUCAGAUUUUCGCAAUAAUUCAUACUUUAUCUGUAACAGAUACAUGGUAUAGCUUGGUUGUAUGUAUGUUGUAUAGGUACCAUUGAUCAGGUGCAUACUUUAUUUUGGUAAAUAGUGAUAUCAUUACACCAAAAAUAUGAAUAACAUUAAAAAAAUUGUUGAGAAUUUAAUUUAAAAAAAAAAAAAACAUUUUUCCAAUUACAAACAAAGAACUAUGACAGAUUAUUUUUGAAAAUACAGUUAUAGGUUAAUAAAAAAUGCUGUUAUAAUAAUUAUGAAAUUAAACACUACUGUUAUAUUAUUUAUACUUUAUAUAAAACAUUUGUUUAAUAAAUAAAUUCUUUUUAAAUAUUAAGUUUUUUUUUUUAAUCAAAAUAUAAUAAAGUUUGGAUGUAAUGAUCUGAAUCUCUUAAGUCCCUUGAAGAUCAAUAUAAGUGAAUUUCACUGUAGGUAUUUAUCAUAAUUAUAAACCUACUAUAUUAGUUACAUAAGUUUGUUACAUGUAACAGUUUAAUGUAUAUUAAAUUCUUUAAAAAAGGUACAUUUUUUUUUUUACCAAUUCAUUACUGCUUAUAACCAUUAAUUCAGGUGAUUUAGUAUGAAUAAUUUUUGCUUUUUAUAUACUCAAAAACAAUGUCAUUCAUCAUAAAAACUUAAAAUAAUGUAAUUAUUUAAAUCAAGCUUUAUUAAAAUCACAAAAUGUUCACAUGUUAAUUCUCUUUAUUUUUUAAAAUAUAUGAUUAUAUCAUAUCAAUAUUUUAAAUAUAUUGGCAUUAACUGUAGAUUGUGACUCAAAAUAUUAAUUAAAUCAUUUAUUACAAAUAUUUCUCUUAUGGAUUUUAAUAGCGGUGGUCAGUACAUCAAACCAAGAAAUAUGCAUUGCAGAAGGAUGCAAUAAUAUUCCUAUAACACAUCCAGAAUGGGACCAUGAAUAUUGCAGUAUUAAAUGUUGCUAUAAUCAUUGCCGGUAUGUAUUUAUAAUUGUUUAAAUAACAACAAAUUAUUUUAAUUAAAAUGUUUUAUUUUACAGAAGUACUUUUCAAGCAUGGCUUGCAUCUAACAAAUUAUCAAAAACGAAACUUAAUGCAGCAUCUACAGCUAAUUUACCUACUCCAUUAAAAGGUGCAAAAAUGAAAAAUGCAUGAAUAUAUUUUUAUUGACAUUAAUAUUAUUUUAAACUUUCAACUAUCUAAAUAGUCAGUGAAAUAUUAUAUAUUAAAGUUAUAUAAUUUUAUUUCAAAUUAUUUGUAAUGUAUAUUAAAAAUAAUAAUUAUAUUACAUACUGUAUGAUAUAUCUUAAAACAAAAAUCUAAAAAAUAAUUACUAUUUAUAAAUCUUAUUAUAAUACAUUUUUAGGAAUAUUGUAUUUUUAUCUUUGAACAAUUCAAUUUAACUGUAAUACAAAAUAAACCUUAUCCUUAAACUAUAUUACUAUAGAUAGUAUCUAAGUUAUAAUUAUAUGAAUGUAAUUAUUAAUUACCUACUUGAUACAGUAAAUAUACUGGGUAUGAAUAUAAUGAUCAAAUAGAUUCAUAAAAACUAUAUUGUGUAUGUUUAUAAUAACUACAGUCAAUAAAAAAACUACCUUAAUUAAAUUAAUUUAAAUAUUCAAUAUUAUAAUCAAAUUUAAACACAUUAAAUACAAAAAUGUAUAAAAAUUGUGUUUAAAAUUACUAACCAAUAUUAAGAAAUGAUUGUUCUCUUUUAUAUUGAAUUAGAGCUGGUAUUAAAAUUUUAUUUUUUAAUUGUUUCAUACCAUUAAUUAUUGCUGCUUCAACCAUUUUUGUCAACUCAUUCUUAUCUGUUUCUAUUAUGUUAUCAGGAAUUUUUAUAUCCAAUACAUGUUCAUACAUAUUAUCAUCAUACACAGACCGUAAUGCUAUAAAAGGAAAUAAUCUUUUAUUUGUACCUUUAUUUCCUGUUUUACCUUUCUUAAAUUCAACUGAUAGUAUAUAUUUCAGAUAGUUAUUGUCAAUGAUAGAACUUUUAUCAACCAACAAAAUUCGGAUAAAACUUGUAGUAUCCUGGUUAGUGGAGUCACUUACUCGGUAAUCUAAUAAACAAUUACCAUUGGGAGAUGAAUUACAGAAUUUCUGAAAAAGCAUUUCAAAUAAAAAUUUUGCAGAGUCAUCAAGCUUGCUUUCUUCAUUAAUCUUCUGUCCUCCAUAACUAACAAUGGCACUGAUAGCUGCAUUUUGAACUUUAUUCACAAAUGUUAC